AUGGAACCCCAAGAAUCCAACCCGGACCUCGAGUCCUUUCGGGAGCAAUGGAAAGCCGAAGUACGGGCCAAGCAAGCCGGGCCGGGCCCAUCCCGCCCGCAGCAUCACCAGCAGAAAACGGCUGGACCAUCAGCAUCGGUCGGGACCACCAUCAAGCCUGACCCGGCUCACCGGAAGCCGCCACAAUCUUCUCAUAAACCCGCGGUUCAGGACGAGGACGAGGAGUAUGUCUCGCCCCGGCCAUUUGAUGAGCCAGCGACUGCCGUGGAGGACGCAUCAUCGCUGAGAGAGGGGUUGGAGAAGAGGGAACCUGUGUCGGCUCUCGAGCACUAUGAGCGAGCGGUGGAGAAGGAGGCUGUGGGAAACCUGGGGGAUAGUUUGAAGCUGUACAGGAAGGCCUUUCGGCUGGACGAUGCGGUUCAUCAAAAGUACAGGAACAAGCACUUUCCUAGGCCACCACCCAAGCCUGCGUCGACGACAGCGCCGGCAGCCUCGGCAAAGGAUGCCUCGAAAGAUUCGGCACCUACGUUAGCAUCUGCGACCACUGCUUCCUCGAGCGAGCAACCCCUAUCCAUGCAUGACCUGAUCGCCAGUUUCUCAGUCAUGUCCAUCACCCCAGCACCCCCAGAGAUCGAGGGCACACCACCCCCACCGUGCCCGCUCGCUGCCCUCCCGGAAGAAAUCCUGGUGCACAUCCUCCGUGACGUCGCGCUUCUCGAUGUCGGCGAUUAUAUGCGGCUCGCACAAGUUUGCAAGCGCUUGGCCUACCUCGUGUCUACGGAGGACCGCAUCUGGCGACGGAUCUGCUUGGGAAGCGAAUUCGGCUUUGGCGCGAUGCAUUACCACUGGCAAAAGCAGGUAUCAUGGGGCCCCAUUACCGAGGAGGAUCUACUCCGCGAGGCUACCGAAGCCGAAGAAGCCGCCGUGGCCGCGGCCGCUGAGUUGGCGGCUGCCGUGCCCGGAAACGAAGAUUCCUCGGAACUAACCGAACCCGUCCUCCCGAUCCCCCCGCUCACCCUCGCCGAGCGAUCGGCUCAUCACACCUCCGAAAAGACCACCACAACCCUCGCCUCCUACGACACCCUCUACGCCCAAUCCUGGCAGCGCAUGUUCCGCCAGCGUCCCCGCAUCCGCUUCAACGGCUGCUACAUCUGCACGGUGAACUACAUGCGCUCCGGCCAGUCGUCCUCGAACCAAGUCACUUGGGGCUCGCCCGUGCACAUCGUCACGUACUACCGCUACCUGCGCUUCUUCCGCGACGGGUCCUGCCUCAGUCUGCUCACCACCGCCGAGCCGGCCGAUGUCGUCCACCACCUCACCCGCGAGGCAGCGGCGCUACACGCGGGCGGGGCCAACGCUCAUUUGCCGAGCGCGGUGGUGCAGCCGGCGUUGCGCGGGCGGUGGAAGUUGGCCCGUAACGCGGAUGGAGGGAAUAAUAGCCUUAGAGAUGUGGCGAUUGAGACGGAAGGUGUGAGUAAGUACAUCUACCGGUUGGAUUUGUCGCUGGGCCAUGCCGGGCGGUCGAGGGGCUCGAGGAACAAUAAGAUGGACUGGAAGGGGUUUUACAGUUAUAACACGUUGACGGACGACUGGGCGGAGUUUACGAUGCGGCAUAAUAAGCCUUUUUUCUUUAGUCGGGUGAAGAGUUAUGGUGUUCAGGGGGCAUAG